UUUGUGAUUCUGGUGGGGUUUGCUGGUACACCGCUCGAGUUUUCCACUUUAUUUUUCUUUAACUUGAUUGUCGUUGGAUUUUUAUAAAUAUACCCUUCCAUGGCCUCUUUCGAUCGGGAAUCAACACAUAAAGCAGUGUUUUGACUUCUCGAAUCGAUCAAGCGGUUGAAGUGAGUGCUGAUUUGAGAAUUGCCGGUUGUGAAUAUGGCUUCACGUCAUUUUGCAGGUGAAGACAGUGAAGGCGGAGAAGGCGAAGAAGACGAGAUUGUCAAAGGUGGCGGCUAUGAAGACGAAGACCAGUCCAUGAUGGACUCAGAUGGUGCUGAAAAAGAUGAUGAUGAUGACUUUGAUCCAGACACUGGCGGUGGCAAGAAAAAGAAAAAAUCCAAAAAACACAAAUCCCGCAAUGAAGAUAAGAAAAGCAAAAAGAAGAAGAAGAAGAAGAAAGUUGAAAGUGCUGAUCCCAGUGAGGCAGAAGAAGAACAGCCUGUCGAUGAACCCAUUUCAAAAAAGAAACCAAAAGCUUCAAAGGCAGCCCCUGCUCAAAACGCAGCAGCAGCUACAGACAUGCCAAGUGUAGAAGAAGUCUGUGCAAACUUUGGGCUUCAAGACGUUGAGAUUGAUUAUGAAAGUCCAGAAUUUCAAAAUCUUAACAAUUGCAAACUCUUCCAGCAGCAUGUUCGACCAUUGAUCCAGAAAGAAAACCCAAAGGUCCCCAUGUCAAAACUCAUGAUGCUUGUUGCUGCAAAGUGGAGAGAAUUUUCAGCCUCUAUUCCUGAAGGCAAUGAUACACCAGCAGAAGAAGAAGCUGUUGAAGCUAGCACGAGUCGUCCAUUGCGUAGUUCACGCAGUGCUGUAUCGGGCCGAGAAGAGCCUGAACUUCCCGAUGAUGAUGAAGAUGAAGACGACGAAUUUGCUGAGAAAGGCCGCAAAAAGCGUAGCAGAAAGCCAACUAAAGGCGGUAACGCGGUUGCAGGGAAAAAAGGAAAAGUUCCAACCAUCAAAAUUAAGUUGGGCAAACGAAAGAGAACUAGCUCGGAUGACGUUAGUGCUGAUGAAAAGGACUCAGAUGCCGAGUUCGAGCAAAUGUUGAAAGAGGCUGAAGAAGCCUCAAAAGUUGUUGAAGAGUCGAAAGGCCAAGUAGCCGCUGUUCCUCGUAAGAAGGCCAAGACGAAAAUUGGUGACAAAAACAAGAAAAAGAAGAAGACUCGAACUACAGCUAAAUUCCCAUCUGAAGAAGGUGACGGCUACGAAACAGACCACCAAGAUUAUUGUGAGGUCUGCCAACAAGGAGGAGAAAUCAUAUUGUGCGACACUUGUCCUAGAGCCUACCAUUUGGUUUGCUUCGAUCCCGAACUGGAGGAAGCUCCAGAGGGAAGGUGGUCAUGUCCUCACUGUGAAGGAGAAGGAAUCACGGCUAGUACCGUCACGGAGAAAGCUGGCAGGAAUGCAGCAGAUGACGACGAACACAUGGAAUUCUGUCGUGUCUGUAAAGAUGGCGGUGAACUCCUCUGUUGCGACUCUUGCACUUCAGCCUAUCACACAUUCUGCCUCAAUCCUCCAUUGUCGGAAAUUCCGGAUGGUGAUUGGAAGUGCCCACGUUGUUCCGCUAAGGCUUUACCAUACAAGGUUAGUAAGAUCCUUACUUGGCGCUGGGUGGAGACCAAGGAUGAACCAGCAAAAGAAAAAGAAGAAACAACUGAAGCUACCCCACGCAAGACACCGCCCCGUCUACGAGAAUUUUUCGUCAAAUGGCAUGAAAAGUCGUAUUGGCAUUGUUCAUGGAUCUCUGAGCUACAGUUGGAGGUCUUCCAUGGAGCCAUGUAUCGAUAUUACAUAAGGAAAGUUGAUAUGGAAGAACCACCGAAGUUAGAUUGUGAAGAAGUGGAUCUUGACGAAGCUCUCGAAGCUGAAGAAGAAGCAGCCGCCCAGAAAGUAAGGAAAGGAAAAGAGAAAGAAAAGGGUGAAGGAGAAAAAGAGAAAGAAGCAGUCAACUCGUCUCGCAAAUGGCAGAAGAAACGUAUUGAAGGCUUUGAAGAAAUGGAUUUGGAAAACCGAUUUUAUCGUUAUGGAAUCAGACCGGAAUGGCUUGUUGUCCACCGUGUUAUUAAUCAUCGCACUCUUCGCGACAAUCGUACCCUCUAUUUGGUCAAAUGGAGAGAGCUGAAUUACGACAUGGCCUCCUGGGAAGAAGAGGGCACUGAAAUCGAAAUACCUGGCCUUAAACGUGGAAUCGAAGAGUACUUUGAUUUACGAGUUGCCUGCGGAGUGGACGCUCCGGCCAAGAAAAAGAGCAAAGGAAAAUCGCACAAAAAGGGCAAAUCCAAGGAGGCAGCCGUCGAGGAGGAACGCGAAACUCCCCGCCGCUAUAUCCCACCGCCUGAGAAACCUACAAGCAAUUUAAGCCGAAAAUGGGAACGCCAGCCCGAGUACAUCGAUGCAUCGGGGAUGGCGCUGCAUCCUUACCAAAUGGAAGGCUUGAACUGGUUGCGCUAUUCAUGGGGCCAAGGCACAGACACCAUUUUGGCUGAUGAAAUGGGUCUUGGAAAAACUAUUCAAACCAUCACUUUCCUCUACUCGUUAUACAAAGAAGGACAUUGCCGUGGACCCUUUUUGGUCAGUGUACCUCUGUCGACCAUCAUCAACUGGGAACGUGAAUUUGAAACAUGGGCUCCUGACUUUUAUGUCGUCACCUACGUGGGCGACAAAGACUCCCGAAUUGUCAUUCGAGAGCACGAACUUUCCUUUGAAGAAGGAGCUGUCCGAGGAGGCAACAAGGCGUGCAAAAUUCGAACGAACUCUGUCAAGUUCCAUGUCCUGCUGACCAGCUAUGAAUUGGUAUCGAUCGACGCCGCUCUUUUGAACUCGAUUGAAUGGGCCGUUUUAGUUGUCGACGAGGCCCAUCGUUUGAAGAACAAUCAGUCCAAGUUUUUCCGCAUCCUUAACAGCUACAACAUUCGCUACAAGCUUCUUCUGACUGGAACGCCAUUGCAAAACAAUUUAGAGGAGUUGUUCCACUUGCUCAACUUCCUCUGUCCAGACAAAUUCAACGAUCUGCUGUCCUUCACGAACGAAUUUGCUGAUCUGGCCAAGGAGGAGCAAGUUAAGCGCCUGCACGACAUGCUUGGUCCACACAUGUUGCGUCGUCUUAAGGCUGAUGUAUUGAAAAAUAUGCCAACGAAAUCCGAAUUCAUCGUUCGAGUUGAACUUUCGCCCAUGCAGAAGAAGUACUAUAAAUACGUUCUCACCCGCAACUUUGAGGCUCUUAACUCACGUACUGGCGGCCAACAAGUCUCGUUGCUUAACAUCAUGAUGGACUUGAAAAAGUGUUGCAACCAUCCCUAUCUCUUCCCAAUUGCGUCGCAAGAAGCUCCCUGUUUACAAAAUGGCAUGUAUGAGACUACAGCGUUAGUCAAAGCGUCUGGAAAGCUCGUCCUACUGUCAAAAAUGCUUCGUAAACUCAAGGAACAAGGACAUCGUGUCCUUAUUUUCUCGCAGAUGACCAAAAUGUUGGAUAUUUUAGAAGAUUUCUUAGAGGGAGAGCAGUACAAAUAUGAACGCAUUGACGGUGGUAUCACUGGUACUUUGCGUCAAGAUGCUAUCGAUCGUUUCAACGCUCCGGGAGCCCCUCAAUUUGUCUUUUUACUAUCUACCCGAGCAGGUGGCUUGGGUAUCAACUUGGCAACAGCAGAUACUGUCGUAAUCUACGAUUCAGACUGGAAUCCUCAUAACGAUAUCCAGGCCUUUUCUCGAGCUCAUCGUAUUGGACAAGCUAACAAGGUGAUGAUUUACCGCUUCGUGACUCGCAACUCGGUUGAAGAAAGAGUGACCCAAGUAGCCAAGAAGAAGAUGAUGUUGACUCAUUUGGUUGUGCGACCGGGAAUGGGAGCCAAGGGAACUUUCUCUAAACAAGAAUUGGAUGAUAUUCUUCGUUUUGGUACUGAAGAACUGUUUAAGGAGGAAGAAGGCAAAGAAGACGAAGCCAUUCAUUAUGACGAUGAAGCCAUUAGCAGCCUGAUCGAUCGUUCCAAUGAGGGCAUUGAGCAAAAAGAGAAUUGGGCGAACGAAUACUUGUCCUCUUUCAAGGUGGCGUCUUAUGUCACCAAAGAAGGUGACGAUGAAGAAGAACAAGAAACUGAAAUUAUUAAACAGGAAGCAGAAAAUACCGAUCCUGCUUACUGGGAGAAACUUCUCCGUCACCACUACGAACAACAGCAAGAAGAUUUGGCAAGGUCUCUUGGCAAAGGAAAACGUGUCCGUAAGCAGGUCAACUACAAUGACGGUGUCGAGGGACGCGACGAUACUUCUUGGCAAGAAAAUGUGUCUGACUACAACUCGGAUUUUUCGGGAGCGUCCGAUGAUGACAAAGAAGAUGACGAUUUUGACGAUAGGGGAGAUGAACCUGGUCGUGGUCGUCGCCGCAAGGGUACCGAACGUCGUGAUGAGAAAGAUCGUCCUUUGCCACCUCUCCUAGCCAGAGUUGGUGGUAAUAUGGAGGUACUAGGGUUCAACGCUCGUCAGCGCAAGGCAUUCUUGAAUGCAGUCAUGCGUUAUGGAAUGCCUCCGCAAGAUGCAUUCAACACGCAAUGGUUGGUGCGUGAUUUACGAGGAAAGUCUGAACGCAACUUCAAGGCUUAUGUUUCACUAUUUAUGCGCCAUCUUUGUGAGCCCGGUGCUGAUAAUGCCGAAACUUUUGCCGAUGGUGUACCGCGAGAGGGCCUCAACCGGCAGCAUGUUUUGACACGUAUUGGUGUCAUGUCACUUAUUCGCAAGAAAGUGCACGAAUUCGAACACAUCAACGGCUUCUAUAGUAUGCCAGAAGUCGCGGCUCGGGCCGCCGAGCUCGUGGCUGCCAAAGAUAAAGCCAUAGAGGAUAAAAUGGUUACUGCUCAUGCUCCAUCGGGCGAAAGUAGUUCUGCUACGCCAGCCGUUUCAGCACCAUCCACAGCGUGCCCAUCGCCCACAACUACAGCCACAAAUGAAGAAUCCAAGAAAAAGGAUGGAGAAGGCAAAACAGAUUCGGAGGACAAAAAAGAAAUCGAUUUAAAAAAAGAAAACGAAGAAAAGCCAAAUCAUGUUACCGAAAGGGAAAAGAAAGAAGAUGAAGCGCCCAAAUCGGAGCAGACCGAGUCUAUGGAAAUUGACGAAGAAAACACAAAGCCCAUUAAAGUAGAAGACGAAAGUAAAAAAGAUAGCAAAACUGAAGAAAAGAUUAAGAAAGAACCCAAAAUGGAAGAAAAAGCUGAAUCACCCGAGGUGGAAAUCGAAAAGGUAGUCGUUGUCAAAGACGAGAAGUCGGCGGAAGAGAAGGCAAAGGAACGGGAGCUUGCCAAAGAAGAGCGCAGCAAGCGCAAAUUCAUGUUCAACAUCGCUGAUGGAGGAUUCACCGAAUUACACACUUUGUGGCAGAACGAAGAGAAAGCCGCUGUUCCAGGUCGAGAGUACGAGAUUUGGCACAGACGUCACGAUUAUUGGCUCUUGGCUGGUAUCGUCACUCAUGGCUAUGGUAGAUGGCAAGAUAUUCAAAACGAUGUUCGUUAUGCCAUCAUUAACGAGCCCUUCAAGAUGGAUGUCGGUAAAGGCAAUUUCUUGGAGAUCAAAAACAAAUUUUUGGCCCGUCGCUUCAAGUUGUUAGAGCAGGCUUUGGUCAUUGAAGAGCAACUACGAAGGGCCGCUUACCUUAAUCUGACGCAAGAUUCGACUCAUCCUGCAAUGGCACUUAAUGCCCGCUUCGCUGAAGUAGAAUGUCUGGCUGAAUCCCAUCAACAUCUGUCGAAGGAAAGUCUUGCAGGUAACAAGCCAGCCAAUGCGGUGCUGCAUAAGGUUCUCAAUCAACUAGAAGAACUUCUUUCUGACAUGAAAUCCGAUGUUUCGCGUCUCCCUGCCACUCUGGCAAGGAUUCCACCUGUGGCGCAGCGUCUUCAGAUGUCUGAAAGAUCCAUUCUGUCUCGCCUGGCCACCUCUGCCAGCCAACAAGCCGCCCAACAGCAAGCGCAAGCUGCUUUUGGGAACCACUUUCCUCCCGGCUUAACCGGUGGUCAGAUGCCUUUCACAGGGCUUAACCUGGCCAAUUUCCGGCCGCAAUUCACACUGCCUGGCCAGACUUCAGCAAGCAAUUUGGCGAUGACAGCCGCCGCGGCCGCCGCUGCUGCAGCAGCAGCUGCUGGUGUCCCUCAGGCAGCGUUCCCUGGAACCUCUCCUCCCGGCUCUGACAGCAAAUAGAGAUUUCUUCAAUAGUUCUUUUUUUUAAUAGUAUAACUUGCAUAACUCACUCUCCCACUUCACCCCCUUUCUUCCAUUUUUCUGUAAGGAGUUGAUUGGCUGCUCAAAACAUUCCUGCCCUAUCCUGACGACUGUGCUGUCUUUUCCUGCUGAAUACCCCGCCCUCCUCCCUCACCAACGUCUCUUCAUUUGACACUCGUAAUCGCUGCUUCUUUCUCUGUAUUUAUGACUUUUAUUCUUUUCACUACAUUUUUUCAAAAUUUUGCCAUCGUGUCCCGAUUCAUUCAAACCAUGUUCUCUGUUUCACACUAUGAGUGUUCCAUUGUGUUGGCAAAGUGUUGACUUCCUUGAUAACCUCCAU